AUGACCAAUUGGUCUAUUAUCUUCACCAAAAAUAAUAUGGCAGCUGGUACGGUCAGAACAACAGCAACAUCACCAGUAGCAUCACCAGCAUCACCAGUAACAUCACCAACAACAUCACCAAUAACAUCACCAGUAACAUCACCAACAACAGCAACAGGUUUUGGUGGUCUUCCUCUCUUCUCUCCAGGAGUUGACGAGGAUGCGGGUGGUCAAUUUAAACCAAAGUGUGGAUGUAAGAGGUAA